AUGUUCAGCGCUGCUGGGCAAGUGCCGCUGCCAGCUGAGCCGCCGCUGCCGCUCUUCUCGACGCAGGAGAUCCGCCUGCGCAAGGCGCGCGACGCCAACACGCUCCUGUUCUUCGUGCCGACGCACUCGAGCUUGUUGCUGUCGCUGCGGCGUCCCGUGAGCCACGCGUCCGUCGCGCGAGACGCGCGUUGCCUGCGCUUGCUCCAGACCGUAGCGCUCGUGCCCAGUUGCAAGUGGAACAAAGCGCUUGCAACGGUCACAACGGCGCUCGAGCUGCCAGUGUGUCCGCGGGUCAAGCGCCACUUGGAGGAGACGCUGGGCCCUUUGAUCGCAAAGCUACGGCAGGAGAGCAGUGGCCGUCCGUUGAUUUGUCUGCAACUGAAGGCAGCAGUGGCCGAGUGUUUGCGGUGGUGGAUGGACGACCCGGUCGAAGGCUUUGUACUGAGGAAGGAACAGGUUGUGCAUGGCAUGAGACUGGACGAUCUCGUGGCGACACCGGCAGGCGACGGGUAUCUCCGAGGCUAUCGCUGCGAAGACGGCUUCUGCACGGUCGUCUACCCGUGGGGGCACGGGUUUGUGCACGUGGAAAAGGUGGAGAAGGUCGAGCAAGCAGUCGAGACACGACGACUGAAGAAGAAGCGCGUGUUCAACGAACGUGUUGCACUCGAGCAUGAGCAGCUUUACGAGCAGAUUGAAGGGUUGUUGGCGAAUCGGCCGUCGCCAGUGCUCGAGGAACAAGAGUCGACAAGGGAAGCUGCAAUCGCCGCUCUUGGCGAACCGGCAGGAGAAGACGUUGCACAGUAUACGGAGCUGCUGGCAUCGUUGGAGGAGGGGCAUGUGGAUACGACGGUGUUGCGCGGAGAUCUGGGUCUGUUGCGCCGCGUGCAGGCUUUGGUGGACAAGGUGAAGGAAGUCCGCCGCUCACGGACGCCUCACGAGCCCGAGCACAAGCAAGUGCGAUCCGAUGACGACCCGGAUGUGUCGCCCGAAGACGAUCAGCAGGACCCUGGUCAGUCGGUGCAUGUGCAAGAACAGUCUGAGGGGAAUACGGAAUAA